AUGAACGAAGAAUGCUCCAACUAUAUGAGCAACGAUAAACGGUAUGUCAAAGAGCUCAAAGUUCUUCUGGUAGAACACAGAGGAGAAGUUGAUGUCGUGAAAAAUCAUUCCGAAUAUUUUCAAUGGAAGGUCAAUGCAGCGGGGAAAAAAGUGUUCGAGGCCCAAUAUUUAAGACGACCUAAUGUUGCUGAUAUCCAACACUUGCUUGAAAUGCAUGAGCAGAGAUAUGGUUUCCCUGACAUGUUGGGCAGUCUUGAUUGUAUGCAUUGGCAAUGGAAAAAUUGCCCCCAUCGCUUGGAAAGGCCAGUUUACUCGAGGAGAUCAUGGCGUCCCAACAAUUGUGCUCGAAGUCGUUCCAUCUUUGGACUUGUGGAUAUGGCAUGCCUUUUUUGGGAUUGCAUGUCACGCAAUGAUAUCAAUGUGCUUAACGAAUCACCGUUAUUCAACGACGUCUUACAAGGGAAUGCACCUGAGGUUAAUUUUACGAUUAAUAAUACACAAUAUACAAAAGGAUACUAUCUGAUCGAUGGGAUCUAUCCAAAAUGGGCUACUUUCAUCAAGAGAUUUUCAUGUCCCCAGGAUCCCAAAAGAAAAAUAUUUAAGGAACGACAGGAGGCCGCGAGAAAGGAUGUCGAGAGGGCAUUUAGGGUGCUCCAAUCACGAUGGGCAAUGAUAAAAGGUCCAGGACGAUUUUGGUACAAGGAUAAUUUGAAGGACAUCAUGUAUACCUGUAUUAUUUUACACAACAUGAUUAUUGAGAAUGAGAGAGAUGCAGUAGUCAAUUGGUCGAACGAUGAAGGAGAUUCUCAAUCACAAAUAUUUCAAGGCUCCACUCAACAAUUCCAAGCAUACAUCCGCAGAAAUUACGAGCUACGUGAUAAUCAGCUACAUCAUCAACUUCGAGCCGACUUAGUUGAGUAUAUCUGGGCACGCUAUACUUGUAAUCAGUGA